AUGGAGUGGAUGCUGCCGGUCAAUGAAAUGUUAAAUCAAAAUAUCACAAAAUUGAAUUGCACCUUGAUUCCACCAGGAUUUCACGGAGAUGUAAGGAGUGUGAGGGUAAUGGUAGAAAGCUUAUGCAAGUUGAUUGAUAUCCUCGGAGAACAAUCGGCAAAAGCGCAAGGGCUGAAUAAAGUGAUCACCACAGCUGAGAAACUGCGCAACUCACCUACUCACGUCUUAUACCUACUCAAAGAUGCCAAGGCAAAAGAAGGAAAAGGUGACGUAAUAGGGCUUCUAAAGGUUGGUCACAAACAUUUGUUCCUAUUCGACGAGCGAGACAAAGUGCGCGAAGUGGAACCUCUCUGCGUCCUGGACUUCUUCAUCCUCCCGGAUAGACAACGACACGGAUACGGAAGGGUUCUAUUUGACCACAUGUUGCAAGAUUUGGAAACGUCGGCCCAAGAGCUAGCAAUCGAUGGUCCCUCGCCUAAAAUGGAGCAGUUCUUACGCAAAAACUACGGCAUCGACCGUUUGAUACGUCAAAAUAACAAUUUUGCUAUUUCGCCGCAAUUCUUUGCCGCAGUGGCGGAUAUCAAUAAGUCGGGGCGGAGCACGCCGGUGGUGACGCCGGCCGUCGGCCGCUUCACCGCGCCCAAACCGCCGUCUGCCAUCGCCAAUGUAAUUCAUGGUGACCACUUUCAGAGCACGAGCAACGGGACAUCUGAGAUGGGUAGCCCCGUAGCCGACGCUGAAGUCGGUAAAGCGAACAACGCGGUCGAACCACGGGCUAAAACUGAUGAGGCCAAAGAGCCUAAAGGCGAUGCAGAUGCCAAAGCAGUUGAGGAAUUGGUGGAGAACCAGAAGAGUCCCGAGAGACCUUCAACCUUGAAGGUAGAGCCAGUACUCGAGGCGGUGUGCGACGCCGCGCUGUCGCCUGCCGGCUCGACCGCCUCCCGUCGGGACUCGCAGCUCACCGACCGCGGCUACUUCGACGUCAAGUUCUAUCACAACAAGCUGUGG